AUGUUAUGUGCAAUCUAUUCGAGCAAUAGCGCUUGACGGCAGGCUAAAACGUGCUCGUCGAGGCUCAAGUCACGAAAUUGACCGACCAACAUCCUGCAUAGGCGUUGUUUUGGGGCGUGAUCAAUUGCCGUCUACACAGAUAUCUGCAUAGGUGUAAUCAGGCUACUAUCUGGCCUGAUAUGGCGUGUCCUGGCGAACGCGACAUGCAGAUGUUUGAGGUCGGCCCCGGCUCGAUUCAGUGCCCCGGGGCUACCCUAAUGACCUUAUAUGUUGUAGUAGAUGCUAUGGGAAUGGUACUGGGCUGGGGACACGACCGGCCCGUAGUUGGACGUUGCCGACCGACCUCGCAGCGCCACCUUGCCGGUGCCUGAGGCGCAUGCUGCCUAUUAAUUGCUAUUCAUAAUUCUGGGUCCCUUUUAUGGGGCCACGCGGCCACACACCGGUGCUCGCGCAAACCCGAUACUCAACUCGGCGACGCGGCGUUCUUAAGUGGGGGGCCGAAUUCUGUGCGCUGUAUUUACACAACUGGGUCCCUCGCGGCUGCCCGGACAGCAAAUGGCCGCGGCUCCGACACAAACGCCACGGAGCGCACUCCCGUAUGCGGCCCCAGCUAUGUCGCGAGCACGCGCGACCAAGCGCGCGACGCUCCUCACAACAAAGCUGGGUCCCUCACGCCCGAGGCCCCUCCCCCGCCCCGGCCCCGGAGGAUCGCCCGCGCGGCUAAGUCCGGUUUCUAUUAUUAUUCUUCUUGCGGUGUCAAGUCUGGUGACUGGCAUGUAGCGCAGCGCGCGUAAAGCAUAAAUCAAUAUGGAGCUAUCGAUGCGUGUGCGCUCGCUUGUGUGCAUAAUUACCAGCGAAGUGAGUAGGUCGUAGGGGAAUCAGGGCAUCCGCAAGCGCGCCAGCUCGAUACGAGUUCCCAGCAAAUACUAUGUUGCAUGCAUAGGCUUGAAUUUGCAGGAGAUCAUGUUUGCGGUGGCCGUCGGGCAGGAGGGAGGAAGAAUUGCUUUAGGCAUCGCCGAAGCAUCCUAAGCCAAAGUGCAGCGUGGAGCGAGGCAGAGUACUUCAUCGAAGCUUUGAAUGCAAGUUGUAGGGAAGCGGAAGCGGUGCAGGGUUAAGUACCGGUCAGGACGGGGGAAGGCGCAAUUUGAGUACGGCGCAUGCAGCGUGGAAUUGCGGGGCCUGAUAUGGCGUGUCCUGGCGAACGCGACAUGCAGAUGUUUGAGGUCGGGUACCGGUCAGGACGGGGGAAGGCGCAAUUUGAGUACGGCGCAUGCAGCGUGGAAUUGCGGGGCCUGAUAUGGCGUGUCCUGGCGAACGCGACAUGCAGAUGUUUGAGGUCGGCCCCGGCUCGAUUCAGUGCCCCGGGGCUACCCUAAUGACCUUAUAUGUUGUAGUAGAUGCUAUGGGAAUGGUACUGGGCUGGGGACACGACCGGCCCGUAGUUGGACGUUGCCGACCGACCUCGCAGCGACACCUUGCCGGUGCCUGAGGCGCAUGCUGCCUAUUAAUUGCUAUUCAUAAUUCUGGGUCCCUUUUAUGGGGCCACGCGGCCACACACCGGUGCUCGCGCAAACCCGAUACUCAACUCGGCGACGCGGCGUUCUUAAGUGGGGGGCCGAAUUCUGUGCGCUGUAUUUACACAACUGGGUCCCUCGCGGCUGCCCGGACAGCAAAUGGCCGCGGCUCCGACACAAACGCCACGGAGCGCACUCCCGUAUGCGGCCCCAGCUAUGUCGCGAGCACGCGCGACCAAGCGCGCGACGCUCCUCACAACAAAGCUGGGUCCCUCACGCCCGAGGCCCCUCCCCCGCCCCGGCCCCGGAGGAUCGCCCGCGCGGCUAAGUCCGGUUUCUAUUAUUAUUCUUCUUGCGGUGUCAAGUCUGGUGACUGGCAUGUAGCGCAGCGCGCGUAAAGCAUAAAUCAAUAUGGAGCUAUCGAUGCGUGUGCGCUCGCUUGUGUGCAUAAUUACCAGCGAAGUGAGUAGGUCGUAGGGGAAUCAGGGCAUCCGCAAGCGCGCCAGCUCGAUACGAGUUCCCAGCAAAUACUAUGUUGCAUGCAUAGGCUUGAAUUUGCAGGAGAUCAUGUUUGCGGUGGCCGUCGGGCAGGAGGGAGGAAGAAUUGCUUUAGGCAUCGCCGAAGCAUCCUAAGCCAAAGUGCAGCGUGGAGCGAGGCAGAGUACUUCAUCGAAGCUUUGAAUGCAAGUUGUAGGGAAGCGGAAGCGGUGCAGGGUUAAGUACCGGUCAGGACGGGGGAAGGCGCAAUUUGAGUACGGCGCAUGCAGCGUGGAAUUGCGGGGGGGUUUCGGGCUGUCGAGCAUUUGAAUAAUAAUAUCCGGGUGUGGAGGGGGAGGGCGGUGGGGAAGUCAGCGGCGGGUAAGGCCCCUGGGGAGGCCUUUCAGCUGCUGCUGUUAGUUGCACCCUCUCCAUGUGGGUCCCACUCCAGGACAAAUUGUGUCCCCAGGGAGGCGCCCACGUGACGGCACCCAAAAACCCCUGAUAGAUAGUCCUUUAAGGAUGCCACCACGCCGUUUCUAACUGGUGUGUUAAGGACAAUAUAUCAGGGGGGUUUCACCGCGUGCCGUCCGGGGGGUGCGCUUUCCCACCCAAACCCGCAAGCCGAGGCCAGGAGACGUCGCCCCAAGGAUACAAACUCCGCCACUUAAUUACAUGUUACAUGCAAUCUAUUCGAGCAAUAGCGCUUGACGGCAGGCUAAAACGUGCUCGUCGAGGCUCAAGUUACGAAAUUGACCGACCAACAUCCUGCAUACGCGUUGUUUUAGGGCGUCAUCGAUUGCCAUUAACACAGAUAUCUGCAUUAGUGUAAUUAGGCUACUAU